CAAUUUCUCCCUCGCUUUAUAAAUUAGGGUUUUCUCCCACCACCCGCAAAAUCAUCACCCCCUUCUUCAAAUCUCAAACCCUAGGAGAGAGAAAACCCCCCCACAAAUCUCCACCACCAUGACAGGAAAGGCGAAGCCAAAGAAGCACACCGCCAAGGAACUCGCGGCGAAACUCGACGCCGCAACCACCAAUCGCGGCGGAGGUAAAGCCGGUGUUGCUGAUCGUACAGGCGCCGUAAAGGGAGGUCAUGCGAAGAUGGAAUGCCCUCUUUGCAAAGUCACCGCCCCAGAUGUGAAAUCGAUGAAAAUUCAUCAUGAAGCUAAACACCCUAAAAUCCCUUUUGAUGAGAACAAGAUCAGCAAUCUCCAUGCUUCAACACCUGCAGCAGCACCAUCUACAUCUGUCGCUGAUCCAAAUAAGCCGAAACCUGGAAUUCGUGGAAGUUUGAAGAAGUAGUUUUAUCUAUUUUUACCCUCUUUUUUUUUCAAUUUUAUAAUUUCUGGGUUGAAUUUAAGAUCUGAUGAUUCUGUGAUGUCGUAUUUCAAUGAGUUUGUGGGACCUUUUCGUUGUUCUUUGAUGUUUUGGAAUCUGGGUUCUUGUGAGAUAAAGAUAUGGUGGUGGUGGUGAGUUGAGGAGAGAGAAAAUGGGGAUUAUGAUGAAUUAAUGUUUGAUUAUUAACAGAUUAAUCAAUGUUUUUUUGGUAAUCCUCUUUUUUUUUUAAUGGUAUAUGAAAUAUUUAUGAGUUUCUUGACAAAAAGUGUAUAUUAAUUUUGAAUAAAAGUUCAGAUCUUUUAUGAUUAA